AUGCGACUGCAGGUAUUGGAUACGAGACUUGCAGACACCACCUCUCGGCUCGAACGCAUGGUCCCGCACGUGGAUGACCUGAGGGACGGCCUGUCCCAGGUCAAGAGAACCGUUUCUGAAGUCAUCGCUCGUAGGGAUACAGCGGCAACGGUUAGAGACGGGCUAGAGGACGCACGUAACCUCCAGCAGCUGCUUGCAGCCCUUCUUGCGACUGUGGUGGAAAAUGAGAACGGUGCUGUCUCUCAGCAACACGCCAUUCAGGCAGCCACAUACCAGGCAAAGGACGAGCUCUCAGCUGUGUUGACAACCUUGCAAACGGCCGCCAUCAGUGCGAUAGCACUGCAACAGGAACGAGAUAAUUCGACGACAAGAGGCAAUAGAAGCGGUUCGACUCACAUCUCUGGUCUUGCAUGGAUUCUGACUGACUCAACUCAUGUGCAGGGCAUGGAGAAUCUCGCCGAGCUUGCCGAUACUCUGACGGUCAAACACGACGGCCACCGGAAAGCCUUGCAUGAUGCUCAAGAAACUGCGGAACAAGUUCUUGAUACACUCGAAUCGGUUUCUACAUCUGCCGGGACCCUUCAGGGCUCGAUAUUGAGUGGGUUUGGCAUGACCAAAUGGUGGCCAUAUUUGCUCUGUCCCGUCACUACUCUCAUGGUUGGCUCUUAUGGCCUCCCACCAUCCGCCAUGAGGAACAUGCUUCUUCUCGGUCUAGGUACGAGAGGCAGCGGGCUUCAUCAUUUCUGCGGCGAAUCAUUACGCUUCCAUCAAGAUAAAUACACAUUCAGGGACCUCAAGCUCGCCGUUGAAUCACUCGAGCUCAUACAACCCCGUUGA